AUUCCAGCGCAGGAAACAUGGUAAUGUAUGCUUAAAUAUGGAAACUCUCUUCCGCAUCUGUAAUGUAUGCGCAAAUAUGGAUGAAAAAGGUUGAAAGCAUGAGAAUGCAUGAAUGCCAUUGUAGGUCAAGGAUCAACGAACGCAUCAUUUCACAAUAUUUAAUUACAUUAAGCGGGAAUUAUGCCAAAAUGAACUUAAGAAUUAGCAAGAUUAGGUCGACUUCACCAUUACACCUCUUAUAAAUGAACAUUGAGGUUGGCUUCACGAUUGCUGCUUGUUGCCCCAUCUGAAAAAGCCACUUUAUACUUAACUGUAGUUACGGACACAUACUUUAGAACCCUUUACAGUUUCAUAUUUUUCUGAGCAGCAGGUGAUAGAUAGGGUAACAAAAAUUUAAGGAAAAAUGGAUGUAAGAGUCACAGAUUCCGUGCUUGUUAAGCCUGUAAAUUCCACUCCACAUCACCAACUGUGGGUCUCCAAUAUUGAUUUAGUUAUGGGUAGAUGCCAUUCUACGAUUGCUUAUAUUUACAGAAGGCCUCCCAGUGGAGGUUCCGAUGUGGGUGAAAUACUGAAAGACGCGCUUUCUAAGGUGUUGGUGGAUUUUUAUCCGCUGGCGGGUAGAUUGAUUAUGGACGCCUCUGGUAGAAUUGCUGUUGAGUGUAAUGGCGAGGGUGCUCUGUUUGUGGAAGCAGUGACGGACUCAUCAAUCGAUGAUUUUGGGGAUUUCACCUCUCCUUCACAACUCACGACUUUGGUUCCCUCUGCUACUUACGAGAAUGGCUUCACUAAAUCUCCUCUGCUUAUGAUUCAGGUAACCAAGUUCAAAUGUGGAGGGAUGGCUUUAGGAACGGGGAUACAACAUAUCUUAUCAGAUGGUACAUCUUCUUUAAAUUUUGUGAACAGCUGGUGUGAUGUAGCUCGGGGAUUGAAGGUACAUUUACUUCCUCAUUUAGAUCGCAGCCCACUGCGAGCUCGAAAUCCUCCCAGAGUGAGCUUUUCUCACAAAGAAUUUGCACCACCUCCAACACUCCUUCAAGAAAAAGAUGAUGAGAAGGCCAGAGUUGGAAGGUUCAAUCUUAGUAAAGAGCAAGUUGGUGCCCUGAAAGCCAAGGCAAGGGACAACCCUCUUAACAAGACCUACUCCACGUUCGUAAGCCUGGCUGCCCAUAUUUGGAAAUGUUGUACCACAGCACGAGAUUUGGUAGAAAACCAAAGAUGCAAACUCUACAUUCCUGUAGAUGGAAGAGACCGUCUGUGCAAACCACCAUUGCCCUGUGGGUAUUUUGGCAAUGCCAUUUUUAUGGCCACCCCAAUAGACAAUGCAGGAGAAAUCGUAUCCAAUCCUCUGUGGUACAGUGCUGAAAAGAUUCAUGAGUCGAUAGCCAAUAUAGACGAUGAAUAUCUACGAUCUGGGUUGGACUUCCUGGAGUUACAGCCAGGUUUGAAUGCUUUUGUGAGAAGCGGGGAUGUGUUUAACUGCCCUAAUAUGGUUAUCAAUAGUUGGAAGUGUUUGCCUUUUUAUGAUGCAGAUUUUGGUUGGGGAAGGCCAAGUGUGAUGGGACCUGCAGGAACUACUCCAGAAGGAAUCUGCCGUAUUUUGCCCAUGCAAACAAAUCAUCGGAGUGUGUCCAUUUGCCUGUCAUUACCAAAGAAUGAUAUGGUGAAAUUUGGCAAGCUGCUUUAUGAGUUUUAACAUGUAAGCUUCAAAAUAUUUUGAAACCAUUAGAAUAAAAUUUGGCUACUUCAAAUUAUUAUUCUAUUUGGAUCAUCUAUUGGUUCAAAAUAAAUCAUGAUGGUAUUGAAAAAUGUAAUCUUAGGAAAGUUGGGUAUUGGGUAUAAUAAUAAUUGUUUGGUUUUUCUUUUUC